UGACCGUCAAAGCUGUCAAUCAUGAUCAAGCAAUGUUCUUAUUGGGUGGGGAAAAAACAAGCGUAUCUCACAUGAUGUCAUCGCGCACAUAUCCAACCUGUCCUUGAAGCCACAAUACAGGCAAGAUGGUCGCAUACUGGAGACAAGCAGGCCUAAGCUACAUCCGCUUCUCCGCUAUCUGCGCGAACGCGGUGCGGUCUGCAAUGAAGCCGCAGUUCAAAACCGAGGCAAUAAAGGCCGCAGAAGCCAGCGUCAAAGUCCUCAAACCUAAAACAACAACAGCAGCAGCAUGAUAUGAGACGUGAUGUAGAAGUUUUUCCUUGAGUUGUGUGGUCCUGUCACUGUCCUGUCUUGCACACCACGAAGAGAAAAUAAUGGAUGACAUCAAGAUGACCUGUUAGAGACUGGGGACCUGAAUGAAAUUGCCCCCUCCCCCUUUCAUUUGUAAUUAAAAUUGUAUUAAAGAUGGGUAUCGGAAAUA